AAAUGAAAUUCACGUUGGCUCUUGUUGCUCUAUUUGCUUUUGUUGCCGUUGCUGUAGCUUUUCCCGAACCAGAUGCCGAUGCAAAUCCAGGACUUUUGCGCAAACGUUUACAACGGCGUUUUAAUAAAGUAGAACCAGUCCCCCAAACAUGCAACGGCUGCUCGAAGUGUGUUACUACAUCCAAACCACCAUGUUCGUGUUCAACGCCAUCACCAUGUAAAACUACCCCAUCGUGUGGUCCAUCUAAAAGCUGUUCAUCCACGACAAACACCAAGUCAAAAUGCUGUUCAUCUUGCAAGCGUCAAUCAAAAUCAUGCGCAUGUGAUUCAUAUGAUUAUUGAUUCAACAAAUUGGAAUCCCCUUUUUUGAAAUUCUAAAAUGGCUUAACGAUUAUUACAUUUCAUACACUAAUAAUUUAUAUUUCGCACAAUAAACAUAUAAUUUAUUUAUUAAAAAAA